CGCGACGACUCCGCGCUUCGGAGCUUUUCGCCUUCGGCUGACCGUAAGUUCGCGAUCUUUUCUACGGGUACGACGACGCCGGUCUCCGCCUCACUCUCUCCGCGAGGUCAUCGUGCGAAUACACCUGCGUAUAUCGGCCGGGAAUCCGAGAACACCGUCACCCUCGCCACUUCCACGUCGUCGUUGCCGCUCCUGCCUGCUCCUGCCGCCGUCGCUACCUCCACCUCCACCUCCGUCGCCGCCGCCGACGCCGCCGCCGCCGCCGGCGGCGCGUACGAUUCUAUCGAUCACACGGAGUGUCAACGGGUGUAUGUGCGUACGAUGCGCCGGAACGUCCGCUACCGACGACGUCGCCGCGUGUCGCCGAAUUUUUUCGCGCGACGCCGGUGAUCACCACGCCGCGACCGCUUCUCCGACUCGUUUCUUCGAGCAAACGUCACUCGCGAUCGGCCGCGGUAUAUAAGGCACGUGCGCGGGCGGGCACAGGCCGACGACGCGGCUUUUUGUGCGACGGAGUAACUCGUCCAGUGAGAACGGCUUGAAGGAAGUCCGAGGUUGUAGUCGACGGAAAUAGACGCGCGGAGUAUCGCGCAAACGAGUCGCGAGGCGCAGUCAUCGAACGCGCGCGCUCGGCCGCGACAUCAUCGUCGGCGACAUCGCGACUCGGAGGAUCAUCGGGGAGAGACGGCGACGACGAGGACGACAACGACGGUGGACCGGCGAGUGUGCUGACGACAAGCGUGGAAGGGAGAAAAAGAGCUUCUCGGCCCCGCGGUGAAAUGAGCGGCGAUUUAAGUCGCCACGUGGAACGAACUGUAGCCCGGUCGCCGUCGCUGCUCCUCGUCGCGACGGAGUGUUGUUGAUUGUACGGCGCUCCAUUGUACAAGUUGCAACACUCCGUGACAAUACGAUAAGUAUCGGACACCAGGAGCGGCAAGCCAAGAUGAUUCUCCGCCGAAAGUCAGUGCAUAGCUGCAAUUGUCCCUGCCAUCAACACUGCUCCACCAAAUGCACAGAAGAUGUAGAGAGUAUGACAGGUGAGAUAGAAAAUGGAGAUUUAGCAGUUCGGGACGUUGCGGAUCUUCUCCAAGCGCAAUACGCUAUUAUCGCUGGAGGGAAAACUCGAGAAGGAUGCCCUAUAAUCACGUUUCCGGACAAUGGCAAUUUUCACAACUUGACCGAUUUGGAUUACCAGCGUCUCAUGCUCUACCUUACUUCCGUGCCGACGUUGCAAGAAGCUGAUCUCGGAUUUCAUUUGAUAAUCGACCGAAGGAAUGACAAGUGGAAUUCGGUGAAAACGGUUCUUUUAAAAAUAUCUGCAUUUUUUCCCGGUUUGGUGCAUGUCGCAUACGUACUGCGACCCGCCGGGUUCUUACAGAAAGCUAUCUCAGAGGUGUCGAACAAAUUGUUUAGGGAGGACUUUAAGUUCCGAGUCAUAUUCCUAGCUAAUGUCGCCGAGCUUCACGAUUUCAUAGAGAAGGAUCAGCUCACUGAGCAACUCGGCGGCGAUCUGCCGUAUUGCCAUCACACUUGGAUACAGAAUAGAAUCAGUCUGGAAAAAUUCUCAUCGAUGACGCAGGACGUGUCUCUCGCGCUGGAUUCCUUCACGCGACGUCUAGCUGAAGUGGAAUUCCCGAACAAUACUAUUGCUACGACAACAUUAUUGGCGCAGCAACAGGCCGAAUACAACGAAUUAAAGGAAGAAAUACUCAGCGCUGCCAGGCACGGUGAAGCUCUCUUGGAUAGCGUGCGACAGUUAACCGGGAAAGGAACGGCUGAUAGAUUGGGCAACGUUGCCGCAGUAGAAAGGCUACUCGUUCAGCUGGAAGAAACUGAGCGAACCUUCGACUUAUUCUGGUCGCACCACAGCUCACGUUUGCGACAUUGUCUGGCCCUGAGGCAGUUUGAGCAAGAUUUUCGAGAAUUGCAAGCAACGUUGGAUCAACACUUGAAGACGGCGGAAGAAAUGACAGAAGUCGGCGAGACGCAAGCGAGAGUGGAACAAUUGUUAUGCGACACUUCGGCGUUCCAGCGAAUAUGCAGAGGAGACAUAGACCGCGCGGAAGAGGUGAUAUCCGCCGGUCAACAGCUAUUGUCUGGCAGGCAUCAGUGCCCGGCAGAUGUUGUAGAGCCCAAGUGCGUGGAGCUACAGAGAGUCUGUACGAUUCUUAGUCAGAGACUAGAGAGACGAUUGCACAUGCUGACCAAGUGCAGAGAGCUCAUGGAGCGUAUAGACAAGGCCAACACUUGGUGCACGCGAGGGAUAGAAUUGCUCGCGUCGCAAAACAGCACCACACCGCCGGAUCAGGCACUUCAAGAGCUGCAGCAGUUGAUCGAAGCCGCAGAGGAGUUUCAUCAUCCCCGAUGCAUCUUCCAGGACUCCGUGAUGCCGGAAACCAAGGCGCUUAUUACGCAGGUUCUUCAAAGGAUAGAGGACGUAUCUCUGAUGUGCGACAAGAGAAUAAUGGCACUAAAACAGCAAUUGAUCAAGCCAGCCAGGCCAGUGCAAACUGUCACACCAGAACCAGUCAAACCCUUGCAAUCACUGCCUCAAUCUGUGAAACCUGGCAGAGUCUUGAAGAAAGCCAACACCAUGCCAAAGAUGGAGAUGAGCCCUAUAGAGGGAGAAUCCUCGUCGCCAGAGAGCGAGCCUCGGGACGUCGAAGCCUUGCGCUUAAAGCGUGGCCAUGUCCUGGCGGAACUUGUGGAGACUGAGCGAAUCUACGUCGCCGAGCUCGGCUCGAUAAUCAAGGGCUAUAAGAUGGAAAUGUCGAACGAGGCGAUGGUUCAUUUGAUACCUGCGGCGUUGACCGGCAAGGCGGACGUUUUGUUCGGCAAUUUAGAAGAUAUUUAUAUUUUUCACGGGGAGACAUUCUUGAGGGACUUGGAGAACUGCAUCUCAAAUACUGAGCUCGUCGCCCUGUGCUUUGUCCAAAGGCGCGAGAUGUUCUUUAGACUGUACAGUUAUUAUUGUCAAAAUAUACCGCGCUCGGAACGGCUGCGCGAGCAGAUACAAGGCGAGCCGCAGUUUCUCGCAGCCUGUCAGCAGAAACUCGGCCAUAAGUUGCCGCUCGCUGCCUACCUUCUCAAGCCCGUGCAACGUAUCACCAAGUACCAGUUGUUGUUGAAGGAUCUGUUAAAGUAUAGCGACGAGCCGUCAUGUUGCACUGAGCUACAGGAAGCGUUGGAUUGCAUGCUGGUCGUGUUGAAGUGUGUUAAUGACAGCAUGCAUCAAACUGCAAUAACGGGUUUCGGAGGAGACCUGACCGCACAGGGUGAAUUGUUGUUACAAGGCUCGUUCAGUGUUUGGAGCAGCAGUAAGCGGGAGCGACUGCUGCGACUGAAACCGUCUCAGCGACAUAUUUUCUUAUAUGAGAAGGCUCUGAUAUUUUGUAAGCACAGCAAGCCUCAAGCUCACAACAAAGCUACGUAUCAUUUUAAAAGAUAUUUGAAGAUGUCACAGAUCGGUUUGACAGAAUCGGUGAAGGGCGACGCCAGACGAUUCGAGAUAUGGCUGCAGGGCAGAGCUGAGGUGCACACGAUACAGGCGCCCAGUAUCGACGUCAAGCAAUCCUGGGUGCGCCAGAUUAAAGGCGUCUUGAUGUCUCAGCUAGCCGAACUCAAGGGCAAGCAGAAUUCAGCUCUUGGAAAAUCCAAUCACAAACCGCUGCGACAGACGAUCUCGUGGGAAACUCAAAGCAGCAUUUCGGGCUCUUUGCGGACGUUAUCCGUCGACGGCAACAGCGUUAUAUCGCAUAUGCCCGACGUAUCACAGUCUACGGAAGAUGAUGCAGCCUGGAGCUCGGAGAACAGCAAUACCGACGAGGAAGACGCGUUUGCUGACAGCCCGGGACCUGCACCUGGCGGAAGAUACGUGGCAUUGGCAGAUUAUUGUGCAGUGGGGCAGUCGGAGGUGACAAUGCGCGAGGGCGACACGUUGGAGCUUCUCAAGGUGGGCUGUGCCGGUUGGUGGUUCGUGAAAUUGAUCGGCACCGGCGUGGAGGGUUGGGCACCGGCGGCCUACCUGGAGCCGAUCAGCCGCAAAACGUCCCGAAGCUCGCAGUCGGUCAACAGUCAGGAGACCAUAUGAAACAGGCGACUAACACACUAGAGAGCUCGCUAGUGUGUUAGGUGUCUUCGAUAUAUACACAUGAUUCCGCGAGGAUUGCUGCGGAAGUUGUCGAGACGUGCGCCGCUGGAAUUCACCGCGGAUCUUCCGAUGAGAGCAAGCCGACCAGCAACGUCGACAACGGCAACGGUUUUUGGAAAUCUUUUACAGAGCAUUCGCACGACGUUGAGUUGCGUAUCUUUGUUGUACAACAUGGCAUACGUAUACACACACAUACACACACACACACAUACACACACACACACACAUAUAUAUAUAUAUAUAUAUAUAUACACAAUGUCCGAGCGACGCUUUUGCAUUUCGCGACGCGAGCGUUGAGUUCAACGGGCCAAGAUUUUUACGUUUGUGCGAAUUUUAUACCGACGCAUGCAGGACGAUGUGGAGAGAGGCAGAACGGAGCGGAAAGCUUCAUGUUUCAUGAUCGCGUUACAGACAGUUGACACGAACGAUCGCGUUUCGUUCGCGUCGCGUCAGCUCGCAAAUGUGCUCGUUCUCGCGAGCGCCGAGACGGCAUUUACUGAAUUGUACAAAAUACAUAGCGUCGAAUUAAGCGUUGAGAGGUAUAUGUGCACGCACACAACAGAGAUUAUGGUUCGAUCUCGUGUCUCGUGAUCACUACUCUACUACAGAUAAUGUUAUAUAAAUUUCUACACAAUAUAGCGCAUGCUAUAAUCGAAGACAAGAGGGGCGAGAGAGAAAGAGAGAGAGAGAGAGAGAGAGAGACAAGAGGAGUGAUAUGUCGCUGAUAUGUCAGGCGUAUAUCCUCGUUCAGUUACUCGCAAUUCAUUUAGUGUCUGUGUGUGUAAGAGGAAGUUGCGCGUGCAAGCGUAAUAUACGCUGUAUACUACGCUUGUAUAAAUAGUAGUUCUUACUUGCGACCUGGGUAAUCAAAUAUCGGCUGUACGCGAAUAUUCCAAAGCUAAUGUCGUUAAGAGAGACGCGCGCGACACUUUCGUCCAUUGUAUUCUAUGCACGACACGCAUGACUUUCUUCGGUAUAAAGAGAAUCGCGUGCUCUUCGUGGGGACACGACCCUCUUUCAUCCGACACGCGCGGCGUGUUUUCGCGGUAUUUCAUGAGUAACUUAGGCGCGAUCGUUGACUGCAUCACUUGUGUAUCGUUAUCAUACAUUGGCUUAAAGCUCUUUUAAGUAGUGUUAGAUGCGUCGCGAUCAAUCAAAUAGUACAAUUUAGUCGCGGGCUCUCGAGAACGUCAUUGGGUGUUUCGUUCGAGGGUCGGUGGGGUUGCUUCUUGAAUUUAGAAUAUUCGUGAAUUAUCGGAGACAGCUGUUCGAGCCUUCGAGGGGUUGGGAGGGGAGAUGUGUGAUACAAUGUUAGAGUGACGCUUCUGUGGAUUGAUUGCCGUAAGAGCAUAUACAGAAAAAGAGAAAAUGUUUAAUUAAUAUAUUCGCCAUUUUUAGAUCGUUAGAUACAUUGUUGACAAGUCGUUGCGACCAAAUAAGUUCGUUAUAAUCGAUGCGAAUCCGACGAUGUAUCAGCCGUUCGUUUCGAAAGGAUGACGGUGGAGGUACGGAAGAGGAGGAGAGGGGGAUGAAAAGUCGGGGAAUCAUAUGCGAGAGGCGCGUGUACACAGAGUUUUCUAGAAGCUAAACGGUUAACACCAAAUUACAUGCAAUAUCCGACUACCGAUUACGGUAAAUUUUAAACACCUAAUACCUUAGUACUAUACAUAUAUACAUAUAUAUAUAUAAUAAGCAAUCUCAGUUCUAGCGGAUUUCAUAUAACCCACCACUUUCAUAAAUUUCCAAUAAUGAUAUAACGAGUGUAUCAUAGUAUCGUUUGUACUAAAACGUUUGUAUGGAUACUGAUAACAUAAUCUAAGGGGAUUUUUGCAAUCGCUAUGGAUUUCUUCUCCGUAUUUACGUUGAUUGAGUCCGCUCGUAGGGGAAUGCGUGUACGCGAAGUUUCGUCGCAGUUCUUUUUCUUUUUUUCCCGUUUUGAAGUUACACAGCCUACAUGAGUCUCAUUUUUCGGUGUUUAUAGCUCGCGCAUUAUUUGUACAGAAGAGAACAAAGUUCCACGGUAUACAUAUUUAUUAGAUAGAGAUAUUUAUUGAAUAGAAUAUUUUAUAUAUUUAUCGCGAUGAUUCCCAGCGAUUGACAGAUCAGCCCGAUUGUUCACAGCGACCGACGUAUUGUAAACGCGAUGUACGACAUGAUGAAGGCUAAUUAUGUAUGAUAGACGGUUAAAAUGUUAAGACGCCGGGAUCACGGUAAUAUGAAGCGAAGAGAUGGGAAUUCGUCUUCUCGUUAAUUGAGAAAGGAGCAUUGUCUGCGCUUCGCGUUCGUAGAGCUUGCGCUUUGGCUGUUCGGAUCGUUGCAUUUCUGUCGCGUGGUGAAUGUUUUAGUCUCUGCUGUUGAUAUUCGCCGGUCGUGCUUAGACUUGGAACACACGUACUUUUGUACACACCUAUAUCCAUUUAUAAGCCGUCCUUAUAUUACCCGUAAGAUUUCGAUCAAACGAGCGAUUGAUUUAAAGGAUCCAUUUGUACACGUCCUUUUAGUUUAAUAUAGUGUUUUUUUAGAGCACGGUUCGGAGAUGAACGCAAGCGGUUUAACUUGUAGAUUUCCUUCGCGUGCGCUAGCAAUCCCGCUGUGAAGUAUCGGUAACCCGUAGGCGGCUAACGCCGCUCGUAUCACAUUCAAUUGUAUCAAAAACACCUCCGCAGAACUGUGUGUGUGCGAUCUCUUCGUCGAAGGGGCAGCGUCCCCGCAAUUUUUGAGUAAAAUCACGACUGAGCGACCAAGUUGUGGUGAUAUCUAAACGACAGAGAAAGAGGCAAGGCGUUUUGUAGAAAUUAUAAAUAUAUA